GACUGAGUGGUCUAAGCGUUAGACUGGGUCAGUGGUUCGAGCCCGGUUGAGGGUUACUCCUAUUUCUUUCUUUAAUUGUAUUCUUGGUUGUUUUUUUUACUGGGGCUUUUUAUGUCCAAUGUUUACAUUUAUCAAUAUAAAGUGUUAAAUGAUAAACUUAAUUACAUGCCAACAUUUUGUGAAAAGGUCCCUUUAAUAAACGAAUUCGAUGAGCUGACAUGAUACGCAACGUAUAUAGUUAUAUCCUUAUUGAACUUGUACAGGAAACUAAAGAUGUAUUAUCAUUUCCUUUAUUAAAUUUGAAUGAUAACAUAUAUACUUGCCUUGUUAGUAUCUCACUUAUGCAGUUAAAGUGGUUUACGCAAUUACUUCUUCCGGAAUACAAGGAAAUGAAAUUGUACGGUGAUUUCAAUGAUAAUAGCUGAUGUAAAUAAAAUGCAUAGAUUGACAAAACCGAAGAAAACCAUUUAUGAUAACGCAUAACUCGAAUGACACGUUUCGUGCCUUUAUACAUUGUUUUUAAACUGCAUGCUUACCGUUUGGGAAACUCGUCAAAAAGUCGGUCGUUGAAAAAGACACGUCAAGUUUCAUUUCAUAUAAAACGGGUGUCGUUAAAUGGACGGAUACAAUACAGUCUACAAUGAUCCGAUCGAAUAUGAGGAACUUCAACUAAAACGUGAGUCCGAAAAUGAAAACGUGUAUAUGCAACUUGCAGAGAAUGCGACAUCAUUACUUAAUACCCAACAAGACGGAAACAAUUCAGUCUACAAUGAUCCGAUCGAAUAUGAGGAACUUCAACUUAAACGUGAAUCCAAAAAUGAAACAGUGUAUAUGCAACUUGCAGAGAAUGCGCAAUCAGUGCUUAAAACCCGCCUGGCUUCAUGCGCACUUUCAAAUGAAAGUGGCUCGAAUGUACAGCGCAGAUUAGAUGGUCUCGCAACGUCGGACGGUCCAUUUCAAACUGUUGCCGAAUGCAGUGACAAAAACAAUCCAGUUUACAAUGGCCCGGAGGAGUACGAAGAACUCAAAGAGGAUUUAUUCAAAUCGAUACCAGAUCAUCGCUUUGAUGUGUUGGUAAAGAAAACAGCUCUUGCAAAGAAAAGCAAAAUAGUGGGCAACAGAAUAUUAGUCAUAGGGUCUGGGAAAAUAAGUUUCAUAGAACAAGAAAGGGUCGUAUCAUUUCCGUUGGCAUGUGUUAGAAGAUUUAGACAUAAUGGUUUUGCUUUGAAUAUAGAGCUAGGUAGAAAAUGUGUCUUUGGCGAAGGUACCAUCGAGAUUUUGUCAGGUACAAAGACUGAGUACAUCGAUAACUCUUUACGAGCACACUGUAAACAUUAGAAACUUGAAGAGAUCUUUUCACGUUUUGGUAAAUUGACAAAAUUGAAAAAAAUUGUUUCAGAUUCGCAAAUUUUCGUUUUAGUUAUGAUAUUUGUGAGGAAACAGUAAUACUGAACAUUUACCAUGGUCUAAUAUAGCCAUUAUAUGCAUCUUUUGACGAUUACUAAAACCUGAAAAUUGAAAAGCGUUGCAACGCGAAACGAUUGAAUAAUUUGGAGAGUUCUGUUGUCGUUUAAAUUUGUGAAAUUACGAAGAUUGCUCAUAUAAAGUAUAAAAUACGUCUUUCAUAUGUACUUGGCAAGAUGGCCGAGCGGUCUAAUCGGUUUUUACUUCAGGACUCUGGGGGUCACUGGUUCGAGCCCUGAUGCGGUCUACUUUUUUUCCUUUUUAAAAUUUUAUUCUUGAUUUUUUACUGGAGCUUUUUAGAUCCAAUGUUUACAUUUAUCAAUAUAAAGCAUUUAAUGCCAAACUUCAAAACAUGCCAAAAUCUGUGAAAAGGCCCCUUUAACGUAGUAUUAUGCACAUUCAUAUCAUAUACUUCUCACGCAACAAUUCUUAUAUCCACGAAACCGCUAAAAAUAUGGACAUAAGAUUUCACACUUGUCGAUCGUCAGGGCCUUCAUGUUGUUGAACACAAGUGCACUUAUGUAUCGCAUCCGAAACUCUGUGUAACAUACGUAUCUGUCUUGAGAGGAAAGCAUUUACAUAGAUGAUACAAAGCAACUAGGAAUAAUUUACUGGUUAAGAUUUUUUACUGAAGUUAAAUGUUUUUCAAUGGUGUCCUUUUAUGACUCAAUUUGUUGAGAGGUAUUCGUGCCUAGGUUGAAUACAUCGAAUCGUUGAUUAUUACAAAUACAAAUUAUAUGAGAUAUUUAAAUAUAAUUAACUUGAUUAUUUUUCAAAUUUUUACGAAAUCCGUUCAAUACUAAUCGAGGAAUGUAAGUGUUGCGUUAGAUGUGUUUUGAUUCUAUUAAAAAAUCUACUCCUUAAACAAUUCAUCCCUUUUGUUCAUUUACUUUUUAUUACAUUGACUAGCUAGUAUACUAUCAGCUAUUUAAUGUUUCAUUCUAUGAAAAAAGAACAUAAGUUUUGUUUUGCAAUAUUGUCCAAAAUAUUUGGAUUUUUAUUUUGGAGGGGAGGUCAUUGUGUUGUUUUCAUUGGUUAUACUUUGUUUCAACGCAUGUGGAAUAACAGAUCUGUGUCCGUGAUACAAAUUGUUACAUUCACCCAAAUAUGUUUUAAGAGAAGUAUCAUCCAGCUAGCCAAUAUUGAAACAUGUAACGCAUGUACCAUUCAAACUUUUAUAUUGCCUUUUUUAAGUAUUCAUGUAAACUGUCAUUACUAGUAUAUAUGUUAAGGACAAAUGGAAAAAGGUGUAUGAUCUGUGUAUAAUUGAAAACGGUUCAGGUUUGUUGUAAAUAUGAAUUUUCGAAAAGUAAAGUCUGAUUGCUUUAAUUUUUAUUUGUCCCAUCAUGGGUAGCCAACUUUUGUACAUUAUUGUGAGAGUUUCAUUAAUGAUUUUGCAAGUUGUUAUAAUAUGCUUCUUCAUUAUAUCAGGGACAUUCAUUUGUCACGGAGACAUGCGAGUGGUAGAAGAAGUAAAUGUUAAUAAUGAAAUGAAAUAAUAGCAGCACGGUCAUACAAAAGUGUACAUUUAAUUAUCGUUACAUACAAUAUUGUGUUUUUAUUAAGCUUUGUCUUGUCAGAGAAAGAAACAGUGUUCAAUUUUAAGAGUUAAUUAGUAUUUAGAAUGUGCAAUAUAAUCCUUUUCUUUGUUGAUAAAUGCAUGUUUUUUCUGAA